AUGAAUGACAAACUUUCUAGUGUGAGAGAAAAAGUAGAAAUAAAGGAAAAUCUGUUAAAUAAAAUGUUAUUUAAUGAAAAAAUAAAUGAAUCAAAAAUCAAAGGUGCUGAAGGAAAUGAUAAAAUAGAGAAUAAUUCAAUUAUAAAUGAAAAUAAAGUAGAUGAUUUUUUAUCUAGUACUAGAAUUCGUGAAAGUUAUGAGAACAUGUGUGUUCAUAAUGAAGAAAAAAAAAAUAAUAAUUAUGUUUCAACUAACAAUAAUCAUAAAAGCAGCAGUGAUAGUAAUUUAAAUGAAGAUAAAAAUAAUUUAAGUAAAGACGAGAAUAAUAUAAAUGAAAAAGAAAAUAAUUUUAAUGAAAAUGAAAAUAGUUUAAGUGAAGAUAAAAAUAAUUUAAGUAAAAAAGAGAAUAAUAUAAAUAAAAAAGAAAAUAAUUUAAAUAAAAAUGAAAACAGUUUAAGUGAAGAUAAAAAUAAUUUAAGUAAAAAAGAGAAUAAUAUAGAUGAAAAAGAAAAUAAUUUAAAUGAAAAUGAAAAUGGUUUAAGUGGGAGUGAUAAUUAUUUAAGUGCUGACGAAAAUAAUGUAACUAAAGAAAAAUUAGAUAAUAUCAAAAGUAAUUAUAAGGAAGAAAUAAAUUCAAAUGAAGUUAAUUUUGAAUAUAGUAAUUUCUUUGAUAAUAAUUUUUUUGAUUUUCAAAAAGCAAAGGACUCCUUGAAAAAAAAUAAUUCUUUAAUAGAUAUAUAUAAUGAAAUGAAAAAUUAUGAAGAAGAUUUUUUAGAAUACUUAGAACGUACCUAUGAGAAUGUGGAAGAAGACGGUUUCAUAAAAAACGAAGAAAAAAACUCGGUUGAUCAUAUUGACUUUAAUAACAUUGAAUCAAUCUCAAGUUUUUUUAAUGAUUCUAGUAUUUCUAAUAUAAAUAUCACACAAGUUAAGCAUUGCUUAAUUGAAGAUAUUAAUUUUUUUGUAGAACAAAAAAAAUUAAAUAAAAAAAUAAAAAUAAAUAAAAAUUAUUUUAGUUUUCGAAAUUAUUUGAAUACUCUACCUCCUAAUCCUAGCAAAAAAAUAUUUAAAGAAUAUGAGAAAUAA